CGCGAGGAAGGAGAAGAAGACGGCCAUAGAAGGGAGGCGUUAAGCUAACCUUAGCACGAGCCUGCUAAAUGUUCCGUGUAAAUCUCUUAAAUUAACGUUUUAAACUGCCGAUAAGAGGGGACUGGUUUAUGUCCUAGCAACCGCACCAAGAAAGCCAACAUCUAACCCUCGCCUUUUAAUUUUAGACGUUUAAAACAAGUUGUUGUCUUUGUGUGCAAGACAAUUGCCAGUGGUUGCUGAGCGACAACAAAAGCCACACGCCGCUGGCUGUGUAGCUGAGCCCGCUGUUGCCUUUACGUGAACUAGUCGGACAAUUGUGUACCUGACAUGACGGGGGUGGCCUCUCCGGAGAAGGCAGCAAACGCCAAGAAGAAAAGUGAGAGGAAGUCUGCCUCUAAAGAAGAGUACAGGCAACUUUCCAGCAUCAUGACAGGCAUGAACGCUCUGAGGAAACAGGGUACGCUCUGUGACGUCACCCUGGUGGUUCAGGGGAAACACUUCGCUGCCCACAGAGUGGUCCUCGCUGCUGCCAGCCACUUCUUCAGCCUCAUGUUUACCACCAGAAUGAUGGAAUCCAUGUCUCAUGAGGUGGAGCUGAAGAGUGCGGAGCCUGAGAUCAUUGAGCUGCUGAUUGAAUUCAUUUACACAGCAAAAAUCUCUGUGAACAGCAGCAACGUUCAGUCGUUGCUGGAUGCAGCCAACCAGUACCAGAUUGAGCCGGUGAAGAAGAUGUGUGUGGAGUUCCUUAAAGGACAGAUCGACGCCACAAACUGCCUGGGGAUUUCAGCCUUAGCGGACUGCAUGGACUGUCCUGAGCUGAAAGCCGCAGCCGAAGACUUUUUCCAGCUCCAUUUUACAGAAGUCUACAAACUGGAUGAGUUCUUACAGCUGGAUGUUACACAGCUCGCAUAUUUGCUGCACCAAGACAAACUCACAGUUCGUGCUGAGGCUCAGAUUUAUGAUGCGGCAGUGCGUUGGCUGAAAUACGACGUGUGCAACAGGAAGCAGUACAUGGUGGAGGUGCUGGGGUGCGUCCGCUUCCCGCUGGUCUCCAAAACCUUCCUGUCGAAGACCGUGCAGGCAGAGCCGCUCAUCCAGGACAACCCACAGUGCCUCAAGAUGGUCAUCAGUGGGAUGCGUUACCAUCUGCUGUCUCUGGAGGACCGAGAGGACCUGGGAGAGAACAGUCGGCCCCGACGCAAGAAGCAUGACUAUCGCAUCGCCUUGUUUGGAGGCUCACAGCCUCAAUCCUGCCGCUACUUUAACCCCAAGGACUCCACCUGGACAGACAUCCGCUGCCCCUUCGAGAAGCGCCGCGACGCCACCGCCAUCUUCUGGGACAACGUGGUGUACAUCCUGGGGGGUUCGCAGCUCUUCCCCAUCAAGCGCAUGGAUUGCUACAAUGUUCUGAAAGACAGCUGGUAUUCCAAGCUGGGUCCACCCACGCCUCGCGACAGCCUGGCUGCUUGCGCUUCUCAGGGCAAGAUCUAUACAUCGGGGGGGUCAGAAGUGGGCAGCUCCGCAUUGGACCUUUUCGAGUGUUAUGACACAAGGACAGAGUCGUGGCAGGUGAAGACCAGCAUGCUGUUGGCCCGCUGCAGCCACGGCUCCGUCGAGGCCAACGGACUCAUUUACGUGUGCGGAGGAACGGUGGGCAAUAACGUCUCUGGGAGGAUCCUCAACAACUUCGAGGCGUACGACCCCAGCACACAACAAUGGAGAGAGCUGUGUGGGAUGAAAGAGGCCAGGAAGAACCACGGACUGGUGGUCGUCAACAACAGGAUCUACGCGGUCGGGGGCCAGGGCCCUUUAGGUGGGCUGGACUCGGUGGAAUAUUACGACAUUGCCAGCAACGAGUGGCGAUCCGCCUCCCCGAUGCCAUGGAGGGGCGUGACAGUGAAGUGCGCGGCGGUUGGCGAUGCGAUCUAUGUGCUGGCGGGCUUUCAGGGGGUGGGUCGGCUCGGCCACGUCCUGGAGUACCACACUGAAACCGACAGGUGGGUGACCUGCAGCAAAGUGCGAGCGUUCCCCGUCACCAGCUGCCUGAUCUGCGUGGUGGACACGUGCGGAGUGAAUGAGGACGAAGACAUGGACCUGAUAGACUCUCAGCCUCACGCUGCAUCCUCCGCCUCUUCAUCUGCCCCCGCCUCAUCCGCCUCGUAGGAUAAGAAGCACGUUUAGCGUAUUUUAACUUGUGUGUUUACAGCUUUGAAAGCAACCGGACUGACUCACAAGAGGCGGGAUCUCUUUUUCCUUUCUUCUUCUUCUUCACCCGCAACAAUCUAGUCAUGUGAGGAUUUGUGUUCUAUUUAUCUUCGACUUUUAUUCAUUUUAAAUCCGCAGCUUUUUAUGUUACACGGUGCGUUUUUAUUUCAAGCUAAAGCUUUAGUGCUCCCAUGAUGUAAAUAAUGCCAUGUACCAUGCCUUUGAAGAACAUGUGUAAACCUUUUAUUUUCAGUUUAAUGUUUUUACAGUUACACUAGUGGGAAUAAAAAUGAUAGGAAUGCAAUUUGUUUACUGCUCAGAUGUA